UCCCACGCCUCCUGGAUUCCUUGUCCUAAAGCUCACUAUUUAGGCGAAGUAAAAUUUGUAUUAGGUUGUCCAACUAUAAUAUACUUAAACAAUGCUAUUAAUAUUCACCAGAUUUUUAACUGCACUAAUUAAAACAUUACCACCACAGUUAUAUUUUAUUAAUAAAUCAUUGACAGAAAUGACAUUGACAUAACCACAAUGACACCCGUAUAGGUUAUGUUGUACAAAAUGUCCCUCCACCGCUUUUCCAAAAACAUCUUCAGCUCGUUUUUAACCACGGCUUGCAACAAAAGUUUCUCUAAUAUGUGUUGCGCCACUCAGUUACCGCUGUUAAACGCCAUCACCAACACACAAGAAACCAGUCUUCGAUACAAAAGUAAGAAAAGCAAGAAACAGUCGCAAGCCCCCUCAGAUUCCGAAGAAACGGGUGAAGAGAGCACGUGGGACGACAAAGUCGUUGACAAAAACUCAAAAGUUAUGAACAUUACGGUGAACUCGACUCGUAUAGAUGCGAUUUUGAAGUCAGGUUUGGGGAUAGCCAGAAACAAAAUCGAGACGUUCUUCUACGAGAGUAAAAUACGGCUCAACGGGAAGAAGUUACUCAAGAAGAGCGAUUUGGCGCAAGAGGGUGACGAGAUCGACGUGGUUAAAGGUGCCAGUGUUACGAACCCGAAUUUCUUAACUGUGGCUCGCGUCGAGGUCCUAGGGGUGACUGAUAAAGGUGAAACUGUGUCUGUUAAAAUCAGGAGAUGUAAAAACCUAGCUGUGGAAAAAUACGAAGACUAUAUGUCGUGAAUCUAGUGUAAUGUAGUAAAUAAAGCGUUUCGUUUUCA